AUGUCAUCUCCAUCGAAUUCAGGCCUGUCAUCAGGCCUGCUUUCAACCUCAACCUCUGACAUGGCUGACCCCCUUGAGCUCUUCGAUUUUUCCCAAUUUGACUCAAAAUCGUACCGAUCAACUUCCAUCUCCGGCUCUCCAACUACCGCUGUGAAGCCUCAAUUUGCCAUGACCUCAACAGCGGUAACAACACCCAGUAUCUUAUCGACGGCACAAGUAUUACCCGGCCCCAGCCAUCAGUAUGAUCAGUACAAGCAGCAGACCCCUUUCGUCCCAGGAGCUCUUGCCAGCACGAUUGCUUUCAACAACAGCAACCAAGUCGCCGGCUAUAAUCUAGACUACCUGUCUCCGGAGAUGGGUUCGGUUGAAGAUGCAUUCGACUUCAACACUCUGCCUUCGCAGAAUAUAAACCCCACAGCCAUGGAUCUCGAUUUCGAAUCCCGGGCGGAUGCUUCGUUCUUCUUCGAGUCGACGAUUAACCCCAACGCCAUUGGAGGACAACCCCAAACAAUGAUGUCGCCCAUCGUUCCAAGUCAGACAAGCAAUGUUGGAAGGAUGUAUCCUGGUAUGCACCAGCAGGCUGCAUUGGCAAAGGCCCAGGCACAGCAACAGGCACAACGACAGCAUUUCAUUCAACAGCAACAAAACCGACAAAACCAACAAGCCAAGCAAACCCGGCCAAAAGCCCCGAUGCCACCAGACCCACUCGUGGAGCAGAAGAUUACCCAACUUCUUAACUCGAUGAGAUCGACCGCCAGUGCUACUCCUGCAGAGUCGAGUGAUAGUACCCCUGCUGUCCAGCUACCCAAGCUCAAGAAGGAAGAAGAGGAGAUGGAUGAGGACGAGAGACUUCUUGCUAGCGAAGAAGGAAAGAAGCUUAGCAGUAAAGCAAGACGCCAGCUACGGAAUAAAGUGUCUGCACGUGCUUUCCGUUCGAGAAGGAAGGAGUACAUCUUUCAGCUUGAGACCGAGAUUGCGAGCAAAGUAACCGAAAAUGGCAACUUGCGUGCUCAGAUGCGUGCUUUGAUAGAAGAGAACAAGCGCCUUACCGAUUUCAGCAAGACGCUACUUUCAUCGCCGUCCUUCUCUGAUUUUCUGAAAGCCCUACCCUCUGCUCUUUUGCAGCCGCAGCCGCAGCCCGAGCCCCAGGUUCGCGGAGAUGCCAACACUUUCAUGGCAGGUCCCCAGAAUCAUCCACAUCAGCAGAUAGGGAUGGUCAUGUUACCUGAGCAACCAAUGGACUUGAGUAUGCUAACCCCAAACAACUCUGACUUCAAUUAUCAACCUCGCGUCUAUGCGCUAUUGGAGACACCCGAAGUUUCAUUCAUCGACACUGAAGUUUUGGGUGGAAAGGGAUCAAGUUUUGUGGAAUCCUUUUCGCCAGAAGCCGAGAAGGAUGUAGUUCCUGUACUGAAGUCUCCGGUAUCAGAAACUACCGCCCUGCCUGAAGCAUCUGAGAGCUCAACUGGAAACGUUGACGGGGACAUUUAUGAUGACGAAACAAUCAUUACAUCCUCGGCGCCUAUUGAGCUGAAUACGGAUAGCCUCAUUGCUGUCGACAUCUUUGGAGGUAUCGAACUGGAAAAGGCCUUGGCUAGGUAUGAACUUGUCGACUCUUCAGAGGAAGAUACCGUUGCCAUUAUUGCCGCACGACGGGUCGAGCGUCUUGCGGCAAGCCUUGAACCCGUCUUGGCUAGGUUAGAUACGCUCAGCAUGGCAUAG